CAACAUGAUCAACAUGACUGUUGAAAUAUGUUUAUGGCGAGCAUUGAAUGAGUGAACGUAUAAUUAUAAUUUCGAGUAAAUUAUUAUUAUAUUUUGUUAACACAUAUGAAGUUAGUCGAAGAAUAAAUUCGAAAAUUCCCCUGCGAUAAUUGAUGAUAUGAUUUUAACUUAUCAUAACUGGCCAACGUUGUUAUAAAAAAACUUAUAAAUAAGGAAUGUUGAUCUGAUAAGCAGAAGUGAAAAUGUAUAGUUUCGAAGGAGAUUACAGGCGUAAACCGCAGCAAAAUUUAUCCGGUGCUAGCAAGAGAGAUGAUAAAGCAAUUUUUCUUCAGCAUGCACAAUUGGAACGUUUAAAAAGACAGCAACAGCGUAUAAGGCACGAUGCUGCUGUUAAAAUACAAGCUCAUAUUCGUAGCUAUGUAAUAAGGAAAAUAAAUCGUAUGCACGUAAGAUUGGAGUUUGAUAAAAUGCAACAAGCGAUUGGACAAAGAGGUCUAACUCUAGAGGAACUAGUAUCGCAAACUCGAAAAUUAUUAUUUUUUUAUAAUCGCACAUUGGACUCAAACAGACUUAUUUUAAUAUUACAACAUUUUCUUAAACAUCAACAGGAUAUUAAAUUAAAAUGUUUACAUUGUGCCGAAUGGUUAUGGAGGUUACGAUGGAUUCUUCGUAUCUGCAUGCAAUACAAUUCCGAAAUAUCAAUUGGGGGAGCGUAUUCAUUGGCUAUUCCAUUAAGAGCAAUGGAAGUUUUUACAGACGAAGAAGUUACAGAAAAAAUCUUUCAUAAAAAUAGUUAUCCAUAUUUUUACAACAUAUUCAUUUAUUUAAUAAAACAUAGGUACUUUGAGCAAUUACGAGCUUUAAUAAAUAAAAAAGUUCCACCAAUGUUACAGUCAUCGUCAAUUGCUCCAACGCCGAUAUCAAAAUGCUUGUUAGAUAUGCUAAAGCGACCUUUGAAGUUAGUCUCUUCCUCGGAAUCAAGAAGUGAACAUAAUAUAUUAAUUUUACAAGAAUUUUGUAAAAACAUAUUAUUGCCGAGAUUAUCCAGUGCUAUAAAAAUGUUUAUUAUACCAGCUCUAGCAGAAUUUCCACAGUUUCCAUACAUACAAUUAAUUAAUUGUAUCAAUCAAUCAGGAAUAGAACCAACAUUGAGUUUACUAUAUUCAAUUUUGUCUUUAGAAUCGAAGCAAGUCACGUUAUCCAAGCUGAAAAUCACUCCGAUCAGUUACCUUCAGAUUCUCGCUGCAAUGAGUUCUGCUAUUAUACCUGCUGAAAUAAUCACAGGUGAACAUGUAGAAGACAUGGAAGACUCGGAUAACGAAUAUAAUACCAGUAUGCUUGAUAUCGAAGAAGGUGAUAUUCUGCAAGAAUGUAUCAAUAUGCUUAACGAACAGCAGCAUGUCUAUCGAAUACUUCAAAUACUUGAUCAAGGUCAGGAUCUUACAAUACUACAACCAUUGUGUGAAUUAUGCCAUAACUUAUUAAUUCAUAAUAAGCUAGCUACACACAAAUACAAGCUAUUGUACAUGCUUGCUUUUAAACCAGAAUUUUUAAAAUAUCUAUGGACAGCAUUGUUAUCUGUGCAUCAAACAUCUAUAUUUGGAGGAGCUGCUCCUUUACUGCAAGUCAUUUCACGCGGUAUACCUCUUUCUGCGGAGGAUUCAAAAAAGAUAGUUCCAUUGCUAGAUGUGUUUUGCUCAUUAUUUUCUUUACUUAUUGCAACGUUACACGAUUCAGAGUUUUUUAUUAAAGAAUCAGAUCAAAUAUCAAACGACAAUACUCAACAGGCUAUGCCGUUUACUACAACAGAAUUAGUGACAUUAUCUAUUCAUUUAAAAGAAGUAUGCCUGGGUUUGGUCGAACUUGCUUUUCCCGAUACGAGACCAACUAUCGGAGAAGAUUAUAAGAAUGCUUUGGGCUCGUCGUAUGCAAUGCGAACGACUCUAGUAACACACAUAAGGACACAUUUGUUUAAAGUUACCGUUGGUCUGUUACGUCAAUUACAUACAAGAAAUUUAAGAAGACCAUUUUGUCCUCCGGAUCAUUGGAUUACAUCAAAUAUAGUCAUUCCUAUAGAUAAGCCGCAAGACUUUACAUUUCGAAGACGCAGACUCAGAGGCUAUGUACCAUUUCAAGGACUUAGAGGUUUAACUCGCGAAGAUCUGAAAGAAGGUCCACCUUUGUCGGCGAAAGAAGUUAGAACUUUAACACUACUUCGUGAGAUGCCAUUUGUUAUACCAUUCAAUGAUCGUGUUGUAGUAUUUCAAUCAUUAAUUUAUCACGAUAAAACGGAGCAGCAAGGUGAGUUUACUCACUUUGCUUAUAAACCGUCGAUCCAAAUAACUGUAAGAAGAAAUUAUUUGUACGAAGACACAUUUGAAAAAUUAUCUCCAGAGAAUGAGCCAGAAUUAAGAUUAAAAAUGCGCGUUCAAUUCGUUAAUACAGCUGGAUUAGAAGAGUCUGGUGUAGAUGGUGGAGGAUUGUUUAGAGAAUUCUUAUCAGAAUUAUUGAAAACAAGUUUUGACCCUAAUAGAGGAUUUUUUAAGCAUACAAAAGACAAUAUGCUCUAUCCAAAUCCAACGGUACAUUUGUUAAUGGAUGAUUUCCAAAAGCACUAUUAUUUUAUUGGUAGAAUUCUUGGAAAAGCAUUGUAUGAGAAUUUAUUAGUAGAGUUACCAUUUGCUGAAUUUUUCCUAUCAAAAAUCGUUGGACUUCAAUCUGACGUUGACGCUCAUCAUUUAGCUUCUUUGGAUCCAAUCAUGUAUACGAAUCUUUUAUCAUUGAAAAGUUAUAAAGGAGAUGUUACUGAUCUAGAAUUGGAUUUUACUGUACUAUCCGAUGAAUUAGGAGAAAAAAGAAUAGAUGAAUUAAAACCAAGUGGUGCUAAUAUUCCUGUCACUAAUCAUAAUCGUAUCGAAUACAUACAUUUGAUGGCGGAUUAUAAAUUGAACAAACAAAUUAGGGCACAAUGCUAUGCAUUUAAGCAAGGUAUUGGCAGUGUAGUUCCCUUAGAAUGGUUACAAAUGUUUAAUAACAAAGAACUUCAAGUAUUAAUAUCGGGAGCUCAAAUUCCUGUAGAUGUAAAUGAUUUAAAAUUACAUACAAAUUACACAGGAGGAUAUACACCCGAUCAUCCAACUAUCACUGCCUUUUGGAAAGUUGUAAAUGAAUUUAAUGAUCAACAAAAAAGUAAAUUGUUGAAAUUUGUUACAAGCUGUAGCAGGCCACCUCUUCUUGGAUUUAAGGAACUUGAUCCACCUUUUUGUAUCCAACAUGCUGGCACCGUAGACCGCUUGCCAACUUCUAGUACCUGCAUGAAUCUUCUAAAACUUCCUGACUUUCCUAAUGAAAAAACGUUAAGGGAAAAACUUCUAUAUGCUAUAGAAGCUGGUGCAGGAUUUGAACUCAGCUAAAGCUGUAUUUUGAAAGUAAUUUUACAAGUUGCAACAAGAAUAUUGAUGUGUAUGCACAAUAUAGUAUAGCUAUUCUGUGUAAUCUAUAAAUAAUUGGAAUCAUAUUGAUGUAUUUUGUUAAUGGGUGCAGUUUAAAAGUUCGUUCAACAAAUUUGUUUACUGAAUGCUUCGUAUGCAUCAUAUAUAAAUAUAUUGUUUUAGAUAUAGACACAGAUUCUGAAAUUGAAGUAUUGAUACAAAGUCAAGAGACUUACAUUAAUAAGUAGGAAGAAAUAUAAAAAGUGAAUAAAGGAAGGCACUAAAAAAUAUACGACACUGUUAGGAGGGGCCAACUAUAUAGUUAAUGUUUGUUGUCUAAUAUUUGUCUAGCUACGAUAAAAAGUGCUACCGAUAUCAAGCGACGAAUUAUACUAUUUGUAUUAACAUGGCGGAUGUAUUGCAGUAAUGCGUAUGUAUGUUACAGAAAAAAUGAUAUAAUAAUUACAAAUACAGAUUUCUAUUUCCAUCAAUUUACUCGAAAUAUGAUUGGAAAUAUUGUGGUCUAUAGUGGUAAUUAUAAUGUAAACGAUCUAUCUAUACGUUUUGCUAGAGAAAAUACCUCUGAUCUAAGCGACAUUACGAAAUUCACUAAGAGUGAAUUACUUUAAUAUAAUACUUGGAGUAACUCUUUCGUGUUAAAAAUUAUACAAAUAAUAUGGUAUAUAUAUUAAUCGAAGAAUUAUGAAUUUAUUAAACAAAAAUUUAAUUAUUUUUUAUUUGUCCGAUGUAUAAUCACAAAAUUUGUCCAUUGUCGAAUAAAAGAAACGAGGUUGCUCAAAGUAAUUUAAAAAUAAGUCAUCGCUCUUUGUGCGCACGUAUUUGUCAAUUUUUCUGCCCAUGGCCUACAACUGUAAAUUGUGUAUAUUUUCAUGUUUUAUAUUUACGAUGAAUGUUUAUAAGCCAUUUAUUCAGUGUAAAUAAAAUAACUUAAAACUUUG